AUGGGUAGUUUGCCAGGAGAGUACAAUAAAAAUGAUGAUUUAGUUUAUACUCUGUAAUCAACGAUAGAUCAUGCGAAUAACGAAAAACCGAUUCUGAGCGUAGUAUUAACGGGAUUUUUUCCCCUUUUGACAAGGUAAUCCACGGAUCAAUAAAAAUCAAACAACAACAAACAAUAUCAGAUCGAUGAACUUCUAACAGUUUCGAUGAAUGGUUCAGUUAAAGAAUUACCGGACAAAAAUUAUGUACGCAUCUUUCAAUGCAGCGGUUCCCAACUUUUUUAGUUGUGUGGACCACCAAUUUUUUGAAAAACUCUGAUGUCCACUAAACUAAUAUACAGGUAAAAAUAAAAACAAAUAUAUAUCCAUAUACGUCUGACCAAUAUAUAAUGUGCAAAAUUCGCACACGUCAUUAAUUAGGAAAACAUACCGUACAAGUAAAUUAAAAAAAUAAUUUUUUAUAAAAAAAAGCAGUUCAUUAUUGUGAUUUAAUUUAUUAACAACUGAUUAAAGUUAAAAUAAUAUCAAUGCGAUUUUUGACAUUGUUUUUCUCCUACGAGAGAAUCAAUAUCGGUAUAAGUAUAUUACAAUGUACCCCCCAUACUCCACGCCGAGCAUGAUAAAAUACGAUGAAAAUGACAAAAAUAUUCUAGAAUACUACAUAUAUGUAAAAAAAAAAAAAAAAAAGAGACAAUUAAUAAAAUUGUAUGAUUGUGAUAAUUGUGGGAUUAUUACUAAAUCUCGAUCGAAAUGUAGACGUUUAUAUUAAAAUAAUAUACAUUUUUUUUAAAUUUUCCGACCCUUGGCAAAUGUCCUCGACCAACGUCUGCGGCCUAAUACCACUUUGACCGCAGCCCAUGGGCUGGGAACCGCUUUUUUAAUGUAUGACUGCACGGAGCAUUUUUACUAACCGUAAAAGUGUUUUCCGAGAGAAAAAAAAACUAUCUAUAUAAAACCAAUAGCUUCUUCGCAAACACUCAAAUUCUAAAAGCAUAUAUUUCGUGAUUUUUAUUCAUAAUAGUAGAAUGUAUAUAAACCUGUGUACAAGGAAUGGCAUGCCAUUAUUUUUAUUGAUUUCGUUUUUAAACUGAAUGAAUAUAUUUAUAUUAUUCUUUUUAGAAAAAUUAUUAUUUACAUUCCGUACGCAUAUAUGUAAUGGAAUUUUGUUUGGUUUUUUUCUCCGAGUUCUGAAUCUAUUAUUUUCGAUUGUAUCCAUAAAUGUGUAGUUAAGUAUAUUAUUAUUUUCGGUAUAACUAUAAGUCAGGUACUCGAUAGUCUAUGGUAAUAACUUAUCGCAAACAUAUUCAGCGUUUGGAUUUAUGUUAUCGGCGUGAUUUUAUUAUCAAUAAAGAUGAAAUCAAAGUAUUUAAUCGUUUUUCAAAAAAAAAAAAAACAAAUCUGAUAAUUUGGAAGUGCCAGAUGAAGAUUGACAAUCUUGUCGAUUCACAGCCUAUACCUCUAGUUAAGCAACAGUGAGUAUAACAUUGAUGAAAUGGCGAGACACUCUACUCGAAGAAUUGAUCUUAGACUGUAGAUUAUUAUUAUUAUUAUACUAUGACUUAUGAGUAAAGUAUAUUGAAAUACAUAAUCAAUACGAGUCUAAAUAAUUGUUUUCCAAAAACGCGUUGUCUAUAAAUGAAAGUUAAACAGUUUAAAGCUUUUAUUCAAAAAACCUAAUUUAAUCUUAUCCCCCUCCACCCCACCAAACACCAACUGAAAUUUAAUUUUUUUCAAAUCUAUAACCUCCCCUCCCCCGAAAAUAAAUCCGGGUUUCGCCGCCGUUAAAUCUAAAAUGAUUAAAUAUCUAAUUACAAAUAUUUAAAAAACCAUUUUCGUUAUACAGUAGAACACAAUGUUUCUCUCCGCAAAAGUAUAAAAUAUAUUAUAAUUAUUUAUGAAAUAAAAAUUUAAUUUUGAAAUCGUAAUUAAAUAAUAUUAAAAUGUUUUACCAUUGCAGGGAAACGUCGUGUGGGAUUAUUAUUGUCGAGUAUCGGGCCAGUAAACGUUUGUGUUCGCGUUCGUAUUACUUUGUGCAUCUACACGCGGUAACCGAUGAGCAAAUUAACAAUUAUUUUCGUUAGGUAUAUUAUAACAUCAUGAAUUAUAAUCGAUCGCGGCCGCGGGGUACAAUACAGAAUCCGUUGUUUAUUAUAUAGGUGUGGGGGGACCACCACACCGACGCGGCCAGGCGCGAGGAGGAGUUUGCAGCGCUAAGAAGACGAGCCGGGUGAUGUUUUCCACCCUUCGUUCGCUGUCGGUUUGCUUAUAAAAGCUCAGACCAUCGUAUACCAUCGUUCAGAAUCUGCGCAGGAGAGUUUGAGUACCAACACACCUACGGCACCAACGUUUUCCACGUCGUCUCCGAACGCGCACAACAUACAAGUAAGUUUUAUUUCAUUUUGAAUAUUAUAACAUAUUAUUAUAAACUAUACACAUUUGUUAUUACAAAUUAAUGAAGAAAAAAAAAAAUAAUAAUAAUAAUAAUAUUUAUAUAGGUAUAUUGUUUCUUUGGUCCCGGGAACAAAGGGAAAGUUCAAUUUUUUUUUAUGGUUGUUAAUACUUUUAAUCCGAUGAUAUUUAGCAAACGGCUAAUAAUUGUAAUAAACUAUUUUUUCUCGAAAUUUUCACCAUAACAAGUAUCGCCCGGAAAUUGCGAAAAAAACGAACACAAUUAUUUUUUAAAUUAGGAUAAAUAUUUUACUCAAGCUUUUUAAAUUUGAUUCUGAACGUAUUGUGCCGUAGUCCUUGUAUGGGCGGUAAAAAAACACGCCUUGUAAUAAGUUUUUUAUUACUGUAAAUGGUAAAACGUUUAGAAACGCAAAUAAUUUCGGUUUCAGGUGGAAAAAAAAAAAAAAAAAAUUUGAACAGUGUGUUAAUAUAAAUUGGUACUUACAUUAUUGUGCGGGUAAACUUGGCAAUACAAUCGUUUUAAAUCCGGUUGUAAUAACAUAACAUUUUUGAUUAAAAAUAAUAUUUAUUAUUUUUACUGCUAAUAUAAAAUAAAUAACAAACGUUUUUGUUGUUAUUUUUUUGUUUUUUUUUUUUGUUCGUACUUGUCAUUUUUAUUUUAUUCUAUAUUUAUAAGCUCGAUACAUUAUAUUUGUUAACAUUUUUAUGUACCUAUGCAUAUUAUGUAUACAACUAUAUUAUGCAUUUACUUGUUGUUCAUCAUAAUUAUAAGUUAUAAUUUUAUGAAAUUGUCGAAAGUGCUGUAUAUAGAGAUCUGAAAGUAAUUUCCGUUCUGUUCAACGUCCUUAAGUUUUUUUUUUUUCAUCCAAAAAAUGACUUAAGCCUUACGCUUUGGUUUUGUAAUAAAUGAAAACGAUACGUUGUCAAAUCAUUUACUGCUUCUUACGGUAACCGUAAAUAAAUAUGAAAUGCAAAUGGUAUAACGAUAUUCUUACCUAUCCUGGAUGGAAUUUCUUCGGCAACGGUAUUUUUAUAAUGGCGAUGUCGAAUCAAAACACGAGCGAAUUCACGGUAAUUUAUUCACGCAGAGAAAACGCACAGAGGAAAAAAGAGCAACGUACUUCUCGGCGCGAGAAAAGGCUCCGGGCGGCUAGACGAUUAGGCCGGGAAGUAUGGAAGAUUGGUGCGCGUUCUCAUCCGGUCGUAAAUAUCAUAAAUAUAUAUAUGUGUAUAUAUAUAUUUAUAUUAUAAUUAAGACAUUAAAUAUUAAUUAUCAAAUAUAUAUUAUCUUAAUGACUGGAUAGUAAAUUUAUUACUAUAGCAAAAAUGAGUUCUGACAAUACACUUAUAUGGGUACGUAUAAAUGAAAUAAAUAAAUGAAUGGAUGCGUCGCCUGAUAAAACAUUAUAACGUUACAUCGCUAGUAUCAUACCAACAUAAUAUAACUCGCUAAUACCUACUAAAAUUAUGACACAUAAAAUAUCAUAUACAUCGUUACAGAUUGUCUAUUUUUAAUUUUUUUUUUUUUUUCUUAAAUUAAAUAUAAAAUAUUUAAAUCGUUUAAAAAGUCGUUUUUUUUUUUUUUUUUUUUGAAGUUUACGAAAAUCAUUUUCAGCGGUGGCGCGAUGAAAACAAUUUAAAUUAUCUUAAAAUUCAAACCAAUUAUAUAAAAUUAACUGCUCAUCAUUAGUAAACAAUUUGUAACAUCAACAUUUUGUUUCAAACUAAAUGUAUAAAAUACUAUUUUAGAUUCCGGAAAACAAUUUUUUCUUUUUUUAAUUAAAAAAAAAUAUAUAUGUAUAAAAGAUAUAAAUUACAAGUCAUAUAGCGCAGGGCUCUAGUAAAUAUUAUAAAUACUGAACCAAGCAAACGUAAUUGCGUUUGUCAUGUAUCUCCGUGCCGUACCCUUUAUAGAUUUGUUAUUGGUGGUGGGAGGGGGGUGGGGAGGGGAGAUAAUUAUUUUCACUCCUUGCGUUGCUAUUGAUCAAAAUAAAUUAUUAUUCCUUUCAACAAACAUUUGCCAGAUACUUGAUAAUAAUUAUAGCGAACUGCUGUCGGUUCGAAUUAUUUAUUAUUGGAGUAUGCGCGAUAAAACUUAUUGUUCUAUGUACGUAUUCAAUUUUUCAAAAAACAAAAUCAAAAUUGAAUUAAAACAAAUUUAAUCAUUACUAAACAAUAAUAAUCAAUCAAUAUUAAUAUUCUUGUUAACGUUUGCUUAUUAAUUACAAAUUAAAAAUGUCCGCGACGAUAUACUGAAAUUAUUAUUCAUUCUACUCUGUUCGAUUCCUCUUGAUUUUACAAAACAAUACACCUACUAUAGUUUAUUUAUUAUAUUAUUGCGUUUUAUUAUUUCACCGACGUCCGCGUUUAAUAAUAUUAUACAUUAUUCAAUUAAACAUUAAUUUCGGUUAAGGGUUCGCAGUGUUCUGGACAAAUGACAUCCAAUCAAUUUUACGGGGGUGGUGUCCAUUCCAAAUGUAUAACGUAACUCAUCCGGACUCCCGCUCUCAAGACAAAACUGUAAUGCAUAUACGUAAUUCCGGAACACCAGUGUUGUAAUUUAUUUGAAAACGAUUAAAACCGUCCGUUUCGAAUAUUUUAUUUGUGUGGCCGGUUUGAAAAAUGAUGAGGCCUCGUGAAGUCAAUUUUGAGGGAACUCGAUCAGCUGGUUUUACAUUUUUUUUUUUGGCAAUUUCGUUUUCUAAUAACAAAGUGCAGAUUAAUGUCUACGAUUCUUCUUCUUUGUGUUUUACUUUUAAUUUAUACUUUCCAAAAUAAUUAUGUGAAAUUAUGAGUUAUGAUUGAAAAAACACUUGGAUAAUUCAUUCUCGGAGUAGAUGUAAAAUGAUAUUAAUAUUAUUCUAAUAAAUUAGUCUAAUAAUGUUAACAAUCAUUCGGGCGGGUGCAACAUUAAAUGCAUACACCAUAAUAAUGCUUAGAGAUUUUACUCAAUAGAUCCGUUUUUCCGUCAAAGUUAAUUUCUUCUUUAAACGCAUAUAAUAGGUACCUAUAUUUAUUAUUCGAAUAUAAGGAUAUUGUGUGUGUGUGUGUGUGUUUUAUAACUGUGACGUGUUUCGAAAUUAUUUAAUUUAUUAAAUAUCUUAAGUCUCAGGGGAGAAUAACGAAUUUAAGUCUAGUUCAUAAAAAAAAAAAAAUACUAACAAACAAACAAACUAAAAUACGCUCCGAAUUUAAAUUACAAAAUAAUAUAAAACCGGGAAAAAAUAACGGAAGUUAUGAAAUUGUUGAAAAAUGAUGAAAAUAAAAAGUGCUUAAAAGAAACUUAGCCUUUCUUCUUUGUGGAAGCCAUAGAUAUAUAAUACAUAAUAUUAUUAGAAUAUUUGUUUGGCGAAUAUUAACUACACAAAAGUGUAAAGAAAAAAAAAAAAAAAAACAAGAACCAACUAACGAAUUUGUAAAACAAACCCGUACGAAUAUAAUAAUUACCAGUACGACAACGUGAAAAAUGACGUCGUUCUUUAUAUUUUAUUCCCUUCUAACUCCCCCGGCUUAAGCAGGUAGUUAUAUAAUUAUUAUAAUUAAUAUUAUUUUUCUUUUUCACGCACUCGUGAUUUGGUUUUGUUUACUACUACUGCUACAGCGGUAUUAACAGGAUAUUCCGCUUUUAAGUUUUUCAUUUUGAGGGUAGGGGGUGUAGCAGUGGGGUACUAUUCAAACGCCGCGCCGUCACACAAAUGUCGCUCCACCCUAUAAUAUAAGCACGUAACAACAAACUUAAAAGUGGAAUAUUUCGUUGAAGCCAAAUUCAUUUCAACUAUGAUACCCACUUCAAAACUUUCGCUAAAAUAAGGGUGUUAAAAAAUAACGGUAACAUAUUUAAUUUUAUUUUAUUUGUCCUUGUUUCUUAAACGUUCCUAAAAAAACAGAUAACGAACAAAAACAAAAAAUGUCCGCGAUAAUCAGACGUGUUACGUUAUGUUGAUCACUCUGUAUAACCGUAUAGUAACUCGGGUAAAUUUCGAUUUAUAUUAACGCAAACGGCAAUUGGCACUUUGAGACGUGAAAAAAAUUACCACCCACUCGAAAAUAUUUUUCAUUUCAUAAAAAAUGUAGUAUUUUAUUUUAUUUUUGUUUUUGCAAUUCUUUUCGAUUAUAAUUCUUUUAACUAAACCGAUACAAUUAUUAUCGGACCCAUAGAUCUUCUGUCAAUUCGUAUUAUUUCAAAUAAUUCCAAAACGAAUGAAAAGGACAAUGGACCGACCGACUGCUGCAUUACUAAGUUUAAAUCGACAUUGAUUUAACGUCAAAGUCCGCCUCCGUUGUUAUAGGAGCUUUAAAACGUCGGAUUGUAAUAAUAUUGUUUUUAGGGAAUAAAAAACCGUUUUAAUAACGGCAGAAAGUGUAUUUUUUAUUUGUAUUUACCGAGACUUUAAUAUAAUACGACUCGCGGCCCGUUGACUGCGGCUGUCAGGCAAAGCAUCUCCAACGCAGGACAAAUCGUUUGGAAAUAAAACUUUGAUAAAAAAGAAAUCUUUCAGUAAUCACGGAUAAUAUUCCGAUCUAAACAUACAUGUAUUUUAUUUAUAAUUAUUAUUAUUUAAUUUUACGUGAUGUACGGGUAUACUCAAUAUUAUUAGAAAUAUCUCAACAAAUAUUAACAUUUAUAUUAUUCUAUAAAAAAAAUCUAUUUAAAUAAUAAUAAUAAUUUAGAUUUGAUUUUUUUUUUUAAGUGGUCUUUUUUAUUGUCAAGAUGAUUGUAUAACGUUGACGCAUAGGUAGGUAUAAUGUAGCAGUUUAAUCGAUAGUACCGGUGAAGUAUAGGUGUAGUAUAGGUAAUAUGAUUGAAGUGUUGAAUAGAAAUUUUCGUAUUUUGUAUCGAAAAAUAUUUUACCUAAUAUUGUACUUGCGUAAAAUUAAAAUUAUAAUUGUACAAUAAUUAACCGGGACUAUUUUUAUUUUUUUUUUCAAAUCUGUGAAAUAUUUAAAAAACUAUGAACUUUAUAAAAUUAGUCAACCGUGCGCUGAGCGCGGGUAUUGAACGACGAUAUUUUACAAACAAAUUUAAAACUUUUCAAAAAAAAUAUAGGCACAGUUCUAAUUAUUACCAUUCGUGGAUGAUUUACGAUUUCGGGUGAACGUUCCGAAUAAUAUGAUUGGGCAUUACCCGAGAGAAGCGGGAGAAAAAUAAUCAAAAAAAAAAAACAUUUUGAGUUUAUAAUAUACGACGCGAACAAUUUAACGUCAGUUAUAAUAAUACGUUCGCGGUAUAUAAUGACGACGUAAAAGGAUUUUAUUUGCGCGGGACGAUGCUUUUUCAUUGGUCGUACUUUAUAUUACUAAUAUUAUUAUUGUCGUCCUUUUGAUUAUUAUUAUUAUUAUUAUCGUCGUUUAUUUUUUUUUAGGUCGUAUUUGUUUGAAUAAAAUCGCACCAUAACGACGACGGUCUAUAUGUUUGAAAACUAUACGUAUGACUCGCGUGACGUAUUGCAAUAUACUGUUUAUACGGCCCGCGAACAGUUUCCAAUCAGUAUAACAAACAGGCGAAAGUUUAUCGAACAUUUUAGCGCGUGUACACGCGGCGUAAUAACGAUGAUAAUAAUAAUAAUAAUAAUAACAGUAUAGAAUACCGAUUUUCCGUCCACGGACGAAAAUUACAGGGGAAAAAAAAAAUAGAAAUAAGUUCUAUAGCCGUAUAUUUUUAUUACUAUAAGUUUACCAGCGCUCGUAACUUUGGUACAAAUCGCUUUUCGCGUAAACGUUCGACAAGAUCGGCGUGUACGAACGGAACGUUACGGUGAAUAAGCAUCAUUUCGGGUUUUAUCUGCAAUAACGUGUAACCGCAAUAUUUAUUCGAUACUAUGAUUAAAAGGACGUUAUACCCGUCCCGGUCCAACUAACGGGUAACGUACUGAGUGAUUUUUUUUUUGAUCACGAACCAGCAAUCAUCUCAGAGGAUUUUAAGAGAAUUUGAUUUCUGUUUUUUGUAAUCGUCAAAGUUUUAUUUUAAAACCGUUUUUAAUUUUUUACCCCUACUCCACCCCACGUACCUUAAAUAAAUACAUACUUUUGAUUUUCCAAUAGGAACCCCCACCUCUUUUUGGACGCAGGUUUAAAUAGCGAAUAUUAUUCUAGACAUUUUGAUGUGCAUAACACCAAUAUCAGAUUUACUGUUUACGAGUUAUAACGGUUUAAAGUUUAGUCCGGAAGAGUAUGGAAGGGUUAAAGAUAGGCAAUUUAUUUACCCUUAAAACGUUAAACUGUUAUAACACGUAAACGGUAAAUCUGAUAUGAGUGUUAUGUAUAUCAGAAUGUCUUGAAAAAUAUUCUCUAUUUAUAUCUGUGUUCAAAAAGAGGCGGAGGUUCCCGUUUGAACCUUGAAAAGUAUGUGUUUAUUUAAGGUAUGUGGGUGGAGUGGAGGUAAAAAUUAAAAACGAUUUUAAAAUAAAUCAUUAAUGAUUAGAAAAAACGGAAAUCGAAUUCGUUAAAAUCCUUUUGAGAUAAUUGCUGUUUAAUGAUAAAAAAAAAAAAAAUCACCCUGUAUAACUGCAAAAUCUAUACCUCGCGCAGACUACGCAGAACUCGUUUAAUUUUGGUGUUUUUGACAUAUUACUGCUGUCGUAUGCAGAAACGACGAGUAGGUCGUUAUUUCUAAACGAUGUAUCAAACGUUACAUACGGAAUAAUAAUUAAAAUUAUAGGGAAAAUGCUUUGUCUCGCCCUCCGGAAAACGUUUUUUUUUUUUUUUUUUAAUUUCAUAAUAGACGAUAUUACUCCAAAACCAAAAUAUCAAACGAGUUUUACGCGGUCUGCAUAAGAUAGAUUUCGCUGUAUUGCCCGUUAGUGGGACUGAGAAUGCACAGUGCGCGGGUAUGACGUCCUAUUAAUUCGUAUUUCAAUUAUUAUUCGUUUUGUAUUCGAUCAAUAUUAAUAAUUCCAAUUUCGUUCCGUACCGCGUGCAAUAAUAUAUUCCGUGUUACACGCGCUGGUAAACACAAUAAUAAUUAUUAUUUUCUUUUACGUGCGAUAUAAUAUUACGGGUAUAGGAAUAAUAAUUAUUAUCCCGUCGUAAUAAUAUUUAUGGACGCGAAGAACAACAAUACUAUUUUGUACACACACAUUCGAAACCUGAAUGAUGUUAUUGAUUAAGUUUAAUUUUAAAUACGCAUUUUGUCGUUGUUUUAUCUUAUUCGGUAUAUCUAUUGUUUACUCGACUUCACGUUUUCGAAUUCAAAUUUCUUUACAUUUCACUCGGCAAAAUUUUGAUUUUCCAAAUGGUUUUCAUAACAAUUAUGAAAAACAGAAAAAAAGAGCCGAUAAUGGGGACGGGCAAAGCCAACAGGUGUUGUAGGUGGGGAGUUGGGAGUGUAACAUACAUAUUUGAUUUAUAACCGGACGCAACAAUAAACCAAUCCUAAUGAAAAAAAGAUUCAGAGCGAAGUUCGGUAAGACAUAUUUUAAAAUACCGUAAUAUAUAGGAUUUUGGAUAAAAUUUGUUUUUAAGAUGAGUAUGAAAAAACAAUUGCUAAUGCAUAACGUCUCAGAACGAAUUUGUACCUAGUGAUCUAUAAAAAAAAUCUGAGUUUAAAACAUAAGAAUUUUUUUUCAUACUCAUCUUAAAAAUAAAUUUUAUCCAAAAUCCUAUAUAUUACGGUAUUUUGCGUUCAGAUAUAAAUUAAAUAAGUUUAAGUAUCUUUACUUCCCAACUUCCAAAAAUGUCUGGACUCAUCUAUCCAGUAUCAGAUUUUUUUCUUUUUCCUGAACAACUUUUUAACCAGAAAACUUUCUCUGGUCAUCAUAGUAGCAAAUGUUUACUAUAGUCGGUGCGUAGAAAAAGACGUUUUUAAUUGCUUUUCUAUUUUUCUCAAUAAUUAGGAAAAACGUCGGUAAACGGAGAAUAUAUUUUAAAAACAAUAACCGUCAAUAACGAUUCCGGUUUUUUUCCGAUUUUUCAUUUUUGUUACAAUAAUGAGUAGUCACCAACAUACUCGAAAAAUAUCCAAACCGGUGAACAUAAAAUACAAAGCCGAGAGAUUAUUUUAAUCCCGGAAACUUGUACUGGUGCGGCGGGGUGUUCAAAAGAAACCCCUCCGAAAGUUUUUUUUUUCACUCACGUUUGUAAUUUAAUUUACCAAUGGCCGGUAUUAUCAUAUAGUAAAAAAAUUAUACAAUAUUAUUUCGAUUAAAUAUGAUAUGAGAUUUCGCGAAACAGGAAACGGGGAUCGUAAAUCGUUUCGACAAUGUAUUCGAACAGAGGUGUACGGCGGUGUUUUUUUUUUUUCUAGUUUGUAAAGGGGCGAAUCAAAGGAAUAAGGUAGGUAUUGUCUAACUAUUAUAGUAAACGUUUAUCGUGUCCCUUUGUACGGAUAUUCCAUAGAACGACGACCGGCACGCCGCCGAUAUGAUAUUGUUUAUUAUUUAAUCCGAAGUUGCAAUGACUAUUAUAGAAUAAAGAUAAUCUUCUAGUAGAUAGUUUGCGCACAGAUGAAAAAAAAAAUUAAACAUCACUGUAAAACCAUAAUCGUUUUCAUUCCUCUCAGAAUCUUAAAUAAAACCUGAAACUUUUUUUAAACGAUUGCUAACGAAAAACGAUUCGGAACGAAGUUCGGAUAUAUAUAUAUGUUGAAAGGCUGUAGUUUUUACAAUUUUCGAUAAAAUUUGAUUUUAAACUCUUAAAAUAAAUAAUCCAUGCGUAUAUUGUAAAUAUAUAAAUAUAUUAAUAUCUAUAUAUAAUGAAAAUAGUGGUAUUUUCGAUUAAAAAUUAAAUCUCGAAAACUACUUGACCUAUGAAGCUGACAUUUUGUACGUAGGCAGUAAAUCGUUAAGAAAUAUCUACUAAAAACGGGUUUCGUGAAAUUCAACCGUCAACGGGGUUAAAAGAGGUAAUUUUUUGGUCGGAUUUUUACCUAUGUAUACCAUAUUAGAAGAAAGUAUUUUAUUUCCCCGGAAACUGAAACCGUCGGUGUUUUUAGCGUCGGUGUACCUUCCCAACUUCCUUCCUACAACACAGCGGCGCAUCCGUCUCUAGUAUUAGUUCUCUCUCUUUUUUUUUUUAACCUGGGUACAUACAUUACACAAUGUGACACUUAUUGCAAAGUCAAUAUGUCCCUACACGCUUAUAUACGCUGCUGCGUUGUUGAUCCGACACAGAUAUAUUAUAAUAUUGUAAUGAACAAUAGAUUGCUAACUGCUGUACAUCAGACUCGUGUUUGUUUUUUGACAAACAGAGACGGAACUUAAUCGUUUAAGUCCAAGCCCCGUGGGCAUUAUAUUAUUAAUUUAUCAUAUACAUUUAUGUUGUCUUACGUAUCAGUUAGAUACCAUAGACUCAAGAAUAUUUUUAUAAUGUUACCUACCCAUUUCUAAACUCUAAUAGCACUCAAUUAUCCAGCUAUUACUACGUUUAUAUGGUCCAGUUAAAACGUAUGAUUCAAAACUUUUUUUUUUAUGAUGCUUUGUGGUCGGAAAAUAUUCCACUAAUUUUACAUAAAAAUUGGACAAUUAUUUUUUAUCAUUUAAUGACUAUAUUAAUGAUAAAACUUUUCCACUAAUCUACUGUCCGAUAGCCAUUUAUAAUAGGGCUACGGCCAUUUUCAUGGGCUAAUAUAUACGCCUCAGACCAAUAAGCUGUGGAAAAUAUGUCUAAUAUUUCCUACCGUACACUGAUCUAAAACGUAUAGUGAAUGUAGGUAUGUUUCAACCCAUCAUUAAGUGUUCAUAUUAUAAAUUUACAUUUAUAAAUGUUAAAGCUGUUCUGUACUACUUAAAAUGUUAAAAUAAUCGAUACCUAACUUAUCGUAACAAAAUAUUCGGGGGUUGAUUUAAUAAAGUUAAUUUUGUGAACAAAAAAGCUUUUAGCUUAUACGAGUUUAUACAAUAUAACGUUCGUUUUCUUCAAUAUUAAUAUUUUAGUAGCUGUAUCAUAUUGUAUUGAUGUAGGAUUGCAAUAGGUGAACAUAAUAAUUUAUUUUGUUAGGUCGUUAUCAUACUCGCACAAGCCAUACAUGUCUAUAUUCUUAUCUAAAUUAUAUUUACGACGAAUGGGUAUCGUGAUUAUUAAAUAUUCCUAAUGGAUUCGGUAAAGCUAUUACGUAUAAACCGACCUUAAUAAAAUGAACUCCGAAAUAUCAACCUGUUGCCCCGUGUAUGUACUCGUAUAGUCAAAUUUAGUGGCAUAGCGGAGGUGUUUUCAAUACUUCUAGACGCCAUGGUAGAAAUUUGGUUGGUAAGAAAAACGUGAAAAAUCGGUAAUAAUCAACAUCAACAAACGGAUGAAUACUAAUUGUUCGACCAUCAAGCAUUAUGUGCGCAUAAAUAUAUAUAAAGACUUUUCUACGAGAUAACCAUUAUAGAUCCGCCCAACUUCUGUUGCCACUUUUUUUUGUUAACAAUCGCAUACUGGGUACGGGUGCGGUCGCGGUCGUAGGUUUUUAAUUGAGAAGAUGGGAUAUAUUUAGUUAUUCAAUUUAUAACUGUAAAACAACGAUAAACUAUUGCUAAUGAAAAACGAUUUUGAGCGGAGUUCGGUUAUAAAUGUUUUGAAAGGCAGUAAUAUUUACGAUUUACGUCAAAAUUUGAUUUUAACUCAUUUAAAAAAAAAUACUAUAUUACACUCAAUAAUUUUUUUGACAACAAAGUACGACUUAAAAUGAACCUGCAGUCAAAUUAUUAAGCAUUUCAGUUUAACAAUUUUAUUCACAGAUUACCUAUUAUAUAUCCACCCAACUUUUCAAGCAAUUUUUUUUUUUUUUUGCUAACAAUCGACCAAACUACCAUAAAUAUUUAUAACAAUACAUACUAUUAUUAAAACGGUUGAAUAGUGUUGAUUUAUAUGAAAAAAUAACUAAAAGUUGGGUAUUCAUGCAUAAGUCAGUCCUAAGGACAAUUAAAAUCAAUUAUAUUUAGAUCUUUAUUAUUGAAUUGAAUUAAUCCAGACGACGGAUAUCAAACUUUACCAUUGCUUUUAAAAUUGAUAGUUUAAUAUUUUGUGCCCAAUUUUUUUACACCACUAGACGCGUGAAAUGUACAAACAGGGUUAGAACUAGACUGGGGCGUUUGAAACCCAACACCUUCGGUUUAAAUAACAUUGGCACUUCAUUGAGUAGAUAAGUAUAUAAAUAUUUCCCAUUAAUUGGCUUUUAAAGAUAUUAUUUGUCAAGGUAGAUAACAAUAAUAAUUGAACAAAAAAUACAAGAGGGGUAUUUUACGAAGGGGUGGGUACUGAAAUAUAUAAUUUUCGUGCCCAUUUUUGUUCAUACAUGUUUGCCACACCACUGGAUUCCGUUCUUAACAACCGUUUUUAAACAAUCAAAACGGUUUGAAAACCUUAAACUGUGUAUACAUCUAGUAAAACUAUGAGGUUCUGUCUUUCAAAACGUUUUUACUGCGCCGCAUAAACGCGCGUAGCUGCAAUAUAAUAUCGACUAUCCAGUUUAAGACUGCAACAAGUAAAUAAUAAUCAAAAAUCAGUUGACUACGUCAUUUUUUCUCUUUUUCAAAACAAUUUCAAUUUAAGAACGCAAUAAAAAUUGGUCAAAUUAUUGAGCACUAAAGAACUCAAAUUUCGUUUUAGAAUAACGAAUUUGGAUUAACAUAAUAUACAGUUCUAAAGUGGACCAUGUAGAUUUAUUGCAAUUAAUUCGCGUAUUGAUAUAAUAUUAGUAGGUCCGAGAUAGGUUAGGCAAGAAUUUUGUUCAUACGUAAUUUAUUUCGUGUUUUGUAUUUGACUAAAUAUUCGUUAAAGUUUUAAAUUACUCCCCUGAAAAAAAAAAAAAAAUCAAAUCAUAUUUCGAGUUGUUGCAGUCUUAAGCCGUAUUAAGUCGAUACAUAUUAUGAUGACCGUUUUAUCAAAUCUACUAGUAUCACACAAGUAUAACAAUAAAUUAUAACAUAAUACGAUAGGCCUCGAAUAAAAUGACCGACCGUAAUAAUUUUGGGCAGUAGUAUACGUCUUAUCACCUCGUUAACAAUCUGCACAGUCUAUUAUAGAUAACUCGUACUACCGUAUCGCAUUCGUGUACCGCGCUAGCGUUCAAACCGAAACCGAAUAAAACGCGAUUAUUGCGUUCUCGUAGACACAACACUAGAUACGGAUUAAAUGUACGGCGUGUUCGCAUUGACUCGAGAACGGAUCACGGUAAUAUUGUAUUAUAUUCGUUGCAAUAUUAUCCCGCGCACAAAUCGUUCCUAUCGAUCGGACCCGGCGGCGGCGGCGGCGGCGGCACACGCACACACGACCGUCUUGCACAUUCAAUAUUAGUCACGUAUAAUGUGGCCGUGCGUGUACCUACGCGACAACACAAAUAAAAUAUUAUUAUUAUCACUGUCGUUACUAUCAUUGAAGUACAAUUGAACAAUAUCGUACGCGCACAAUACGACCAAAUUGGCCGAUACUUAAACGGCACAAUAAUAAUAAUCUAUUGCGACACAUCGCCGCCGCGAACAUCGCAGCGUUUAUGAUGUACGACAUUUUUGAACGGCAAUAUAUGUGUACUGUAAAAGGGGGGGGGGACGGAAACCGGGGUGCCUAGCUGUGUGUCCGCUGCGAAAACGUAGGAAAGGCGCGGAAACCGAACGGUGCGUACACGGGUGCGCGACGACAGCGCGUUUUUUGUGCUCGAAAACGCCGGGAUGCCUCCCGUGCCUCGUUGAACCGUCCGAUUCGAUUACGGUCGUUUUCGUGAUUUUUAUAUUUUCGUUUCAAACUCAAUUAGGUAUAUUUUUAAAUCGAACGAAAGCACGGAUUUCAAUCCGGUCCGUAGAAAUUGGAAUGCAGUUUUUUAACAAAUAAAAAAAUAUAGCUGACACUGGUGACGGGCGCGGUCGCGGGCGUAGGUGUUAAGUUGGGAAGGUGGGAUAUAUUGAGUUAUUAAUUUAUACCUGUAACCAACGAUAAGCCAUUGUAAACGAAAAACGGUUCUGAGCGGAGUUCGGUUAUAUAUAUUUUGAAAGGCCGUAGUAUUUACGAUUUUCGUCAAAAUUUGAUUUUAACUCAUAUAAAAAAAAAAAAAAAACUACAUUUUACACUCGACAUUUUUUUUUUUGACAGCACGACUUAUAAUGAAACUCCAGUUAAAUUAUCAAGUAUUUCUGUUUAACAAUUUUAUUCACAGAGUACCUAUCGAAUAAAAAUCACGUAAAAAAUUCGAAAAAUAAAAAUGUCUAUAAAUAGUUCAAAACUGACUCAAAUGUUUUGAAAAUUUAACCACGACUAGAAAUGCCCUUAGAAAUACGUUUAACUGCUUUAUAACAAAAAACAAAAUUAAAAAUAAUAAAUGAUUUUUUUUUCGUACAUGUUCCCAUGUUUGUUAAGUAUUUUUCGGUUUUGUUCAAACAAAUAUUUAAAAAAUUACAAAGAAAAUCAAAUACUUUCUUGGUCACAAACUAGAUUAAAAUUCCAAACGAAAAAGUCUUUUGUUGUUUUUCUAUUAGAACAAUAUUUUUGAAAGGAAACAUGGAUCGGUAACGUCGCGGCCCGCCGUAAAUAUUUGUCGUUUUACCAAUAAUUUUCGUGCGGGUUUUACCCAAUUAUUUCGAAAACCACUCGGAAAAUCAAAAAAUGAUCUCCCUUAUACACAAAUUAGACAAAAUUUAAGUACCUAAUAUAUUCUGUACACAGGAGCAAGAUUUAUUUUCGAAAAAUCGUUUACAGGAAAGAAAAAAAAAACACACAUCAUUGUCAAAUCAAUAAGUCCCUCGCCACACACUCCGAAUCUAAAAAAUAUAUUAUUACGUUGACAACGCGCGAGUCAUAAUAUUCCGUAUUCCCGCGAAGUAAUUUCUGCCUGUGAAAAUGCUCCAAGUGGGUAUCGGGGCAGCAGUGUACGGAGUGUAAACAUUCAAAUUUUACAGGAUCGGAGAAAAUUUUGGAAAACCGGCACCGGGUCCCUUAACGAACACACUGCGAUUAUAACUGAAACUUUGUGACGUGCGCCUUUUCCAAUUGAAAUUCAAACGCGCGAGUACAUUAAAAACGGGGAAAAAAAAAACAACUCAUGCACGUCCUUGAUUGCUCGUAUUGUUUGAAUGCGGUGAUAUGCGUCCGGGUCGCAAUAAUAAUUUAUACACAUACCAAUGUGCGACCGAAACUAUUAUCCGGAUGACUUACUACUAGGUAUUAUAAUAGCUCAUAAUACGCGUUUGUCGUCGCGUUAUUCUGUACGUACUGUGCAGACAGAUUAUUACGAAUAGGUAUUAUAUUCAAGGAAGCCAUGUACAAUGGGGCUCUAAGGACUGCAGCUCCUCAUGACUCGAUAAGACGGAGUUCGGCCUCAUACGGUUCCAAUAUUAUGAAAAAAAAAAAAAUCAAUAUUUAUCAUACAAAUCCUUAAAAUAUUAAUUUUAUUUAUAGUAAAUUAAUUGAGAAAAAUAAACGGUUUUGUUUUUUUUUUUUUUUUUUUUUUUUUUUUUUUUUUUUUUUUUUUUUUUUUUUUUUUUUUUUUUUUGAUAUUUAUAGCAGUGAAAAAGUAUGGAUUUUCAUAAUCAACCUACAGGUUCUUGGUUAACCGGUAGUUUUUAAUUUUUCUCUUGUGAUUUUUAAUGAUGCUGCUACCAUGUUAAAAUGUUAUUGCGUAUUGCAUAUAAAAACAACAAAUAACUACUAUAUAUUUUGGUAACAUUGUUUAACGAACAAUUUAAGGAAAUAUAUGGUAAGAUUUAGGUGAAACUGUACAUGUGUUUGUGAAGUAGUGACUCCACCCCCCCCCACCCCCCAAUGACAUUUUCAAAACCGCCUAACCGCCUCUGAUAAUAUUGAUAGCAGUAUACGAAUAGCACUCCGAACUUCUUUUUUCCGUUGUAACGUGACGACGACGUUUUAUAUUAUUAUUACUAUUAUCAUCGUCGUCUUUCUGGUCGCGCGUCAAACACAUAAUAAUAAUAAUAAUAAUAAUGUAUUCGUAACGCUGUGGGCUAUUAAGUAUAACGCACGUACAGGGUAUUGUGUUGUACGCGAUGCAGUUAACGACACCUAUUGUUGUUCUAAUAAAACGCCAACCGCCCCGCAGGAAUGUGCAGUUGUGCACUGCUGCAGCUCCGAGAUGGAUUUCACAAAUAAAAUGCAAUUAUACUAUUAUAACGUCGACUAGUAUCCGCGAGCACUAUCGUAUUUUAUCGGCCGUUUAAAUCGUAGCAAACGCAUUGUAAUGGACGCGGCGGCGACGGCGCCUGCGACUAUCAUUGCCGCCGAUCGAUUCCUGUAUGAUAUCCGUGCGAAAACCUCAUAAUAUUGAUAGGUGGUCACCGGCCAAGCAACAUUACGUGUAUAGGUUACGGAUCCGCGGAAAAUAGACCAAAGUAUUUUAUUUUUUCUUGUUUCACUUGUUUAUCCUUAGCAAUGAUUUAUCAUUGCGUGCAGACGUAUACAUUAAAUAUGCCCGCCUUUUCAGCUUGCCACCCACAACGGCGGCACACUCGUUCCCAGCGUUCGCGCUAGUUUUGAAUUUUCGUCCCGAUUCGGCGGUUCGCAGUCCCGUCGGUGCUUUCGCUACGCACCUCCGUGCAUCCCUGUCCGUUCUCCGUCUCUUAUUCCCCGGGGCCCGAGGCCUUCUCGGGUACACGAUCAUUUCGCCAUCUAACGUAUUCGUUCGGGUUUUCAGAACUUCAAUCAUAUCUGCAAACUCAAACGACAAUGUUUGAAAGGGAUUCGCGUAUGCACUCUUUUCAAAAUAUCAAUCAGAAAAAUAACCGUGUUUACAGAUUUAUGAAAAUAAAAAUACGAGAUUGCGUUUGAAGUAUUCCUUCGGAAAUAUUAUUGCCUUCUAUCUAUUUUAUAUUAUAGGCGUUUGAAAUCUCUUUGAAUAACUUCAAAAGAUAGGUAUUUUUUUCUGUUUUGAAUAACAUAAUGUGUUUUUGGACGAAAUUUAAAUAUUAUGUACCUACUUAUAAAUUUAUUCGGAAGUUCGGAAGUGAAUUCGAUUAUUUUUGAGUUGACGAUUUUUUUUUUCUCUAAAAAAUAUUGUCUAUACGCAACUCUUUGAAUAUACUUAAUUAUAAUGUAAUACUAUUCUUAACUAUACGCUCAAUAUUAAUCUGGAAACAAUAUUUUUUUAAUCUUUUUUAUUUUAUCGCUAUUGUUAUAGUUAAAAAAUAAUUUUCAACAAUUAGAUUAAUAAGCCGAUAAACAAAAGUUUAUUUACGAAUUAUAUAGGUAUUCAGUUUCGUGUAUCGAUAUCGGUGUCACGCAAACACAUAUUGUUUAUAUAGAAUUCAUUAAUCAAUUAAUUGAUAUCAAAUAAGUAAUAAUAGGUUUUCAUGAAAAUGUGAAGUUUGAUUGCUUAUAUUAUGACGUAUUACAAUAAAGGGCAAAAACAACUGUAGUAGUCAUUAGUCAAUAAUAAUUAUUUGCGAAUUUUUUUUUUUUUUAUUCAGCAAUAUAAAUUUCGAACAGUUAUACUCACAGUAUAAAAAAUGAAUUACAAAUAAAAAAUACACAGUUAAAUUGAAUGUUAACGAGCGAACAAUUAAAUGUUAUGCUAUGCGACAAUUAAAAUCGAAAAGAAAAAUGUUUCUUGGUUUAAAUGUCGGUUGAUUUUAUGAUAAUAUUUAUGUAUGUAACGUUGAAGUUUUACUGUCAAUAAAAUAUAUACCCACCUAAUAAAUUACGGGGAUUGUUCGUAUAUUUUUAGAAAAUAAAAAUGAAGAACUUCAUCACUAUGUUGACGAUGCUGCUCGUGUCUCUCGUUUUACUGCAGGGAAAUGUACCAACGGCAGAGGCAGAUUCCGAAGUCAAAGAUUAUGUUGAAAACGAUUAUGACGGUAAGUGAAACAAUAAUAUCACUUUUCGCUCCUUUUUUUUUUUUUUUUUUUUUAUAAUGGAUUAAAAUAUCUAAAUAUAGUCCAAAACAAAUAUUUUACAACCGCUAACAGAUUAGCAUGCUACGAUUAAACUCACAAUAAGUAGCGCUUGUAAGUCUGUAUAAUAAUAUGCACAGUUAUAUAAUAUAAUAUGAUAUGUAUAAUAUAUAAUCUCAUAAAAGAUUUAAAAUAAAUAAUCAUUUUUCGGGGUGACAUUACAUUACAACAUAUAAACAUUUUGUACAAUAUUCUCCGCGAUUUCCGCGUGGAAACCACUAAAACAAAGGUGUCUGAUAUUCUUAUAGUGAAAUUAUUGUGUGAGAGAGUGACGUGUACGAACCCAAUUUUUAAAUUUAACUAAUAUUAUAUGAUUUACAAAAAAAAAAACGCAUUUUCCUCAUCAUUUAACGUAUUUUGACGUUUUGUACUAUACUUACCGUAAUUAUUACCAGUCACCUACGGUCACAUGUGCGAUUAUUGAUGAAAAUCAGACAUUAUCGUCAGAGAAUAAUUUCAUCAGUAAUAUACUCUUUAUAAGAAAAAAAAAAUUCAAUGGGUUAAAUCACAUCGGUACGUGUUCUCGUCCGAUACAGCAUACCAUGCCCAGCUAUCUACUGCAUUGUACUGUACUGUAUUAUUAAAAACAAAUUGAUAAUGUCUAUACUCUACAGUUAACAGCUAGUAUUUAGUCUUGACAAAUAGUUCAAUAAAUUUUAAUUUUUAGCAUUAUAGAUGUAUUUUGUUGAUUAUUUACACUGAUAACUCUUGGUUAUUAAUGUUUAUAUAUUUUAUUCUUAGCAAAAAAAAAUGCAUACAAUGUAUUUUUGAACUGAUUUCAAUUCUGUAAAAUUUGUAUAGUUGUUCAAAAUUUCCUUAUUCUUUAAUAAUAAUUUUUUUAUCACGUAAAAACGUAAUUUAUAGUUUUUAAUAAUUUCUAUGUAAUUAUUUAUACCAAUAUAUACAUAUAUAUGCAUACAUUCAUGCAGGGUCUUUUAAAUUUCAUGUUAUAGUCAUAUUUUCCAUGAAAUUUGGAAGACUAAAUAUUUCGUAUAAAAUUUGAAGCAACACAUAAUUUAAAUCAUUUUUACUUAUAACCACGGCUAAUAACAAAGUAAAUUGUUUUAUGACAUUCGUAUUCAAAUAAUGAAAUACAUAAGUUCAUUUCAUGAAACGCAAUCUGUUCAAUAGCCGUUAUACAGAAUUUAUAUAGUUUUUCAAACCAACAGUUAACAGAACUGUUUUCAUGCAAACUAGAGUUGAAUAUUUUAUAUUUUAAAGCAUUUUAUUUUUUCUUAAAUUUCAAUUAUUACUACGGUACUUGAUUUGAGGGGGGGGAGGUAUGCGGAAGGACUGAGUACCUCAACUAAUUUUUUGGAUAUUCUAGCGUACCCUUACUUUUUUUUAAAAGAGAACACAUGGGACGGAUUGUUAUUUAAGCAUUCCUAAUUUAUAAAAUCGCUCAAUUUAAAUAUUUGUGUUAAGAGGACGUUAUACCCGCAUGUAUUGUCUCAGUCUCAGAGUAAUACUAGGAUAAAUGCAACGUCUUACUCUCCAAAGUACUGUUUUCUUUAAUAUUAUAAUAGUUAAUUUUACUAUAAAACUAAAAUAAACUACAAUAAAGCUAAUUUUACGCAGUCUGCGUAAGGUAAAUUUUGCAAUAUUUUCCGUUAGAUGGAUUGAGACGACACAUACGAGUAUGACGUCAUUUUAACACAAAAAUCUAAGUAGAUUAAUUUUAUAAAAAGAGGUAAUGCGAGCGAUAUCAAAAUGUUAGAGAUGCUACAUUUUUGGCUAGAGUGCCUCUACUACUUUAUUCCCAAGUCAAACAUUAAUUAUUAGACAUUAUAAACUGUAUCUAAUAAAUAAUAGACAAUAUAUUUUCAAUACACUGAAACACACCGAUUGUAUACAAAAUUAUCGACUUAAAAAACAUAGGUAAAUAGCAUAUUUUUAACGGACGAUUAUGGGAUUUUAAUUUUACAGACGGAGAUGGUGAAACAGACGUCCAAUACACAUCGUUCGCAGGUCUGAAUGAAUACAAGGAGAGCCAUGAACCCCCGAAAAAAGAAAAAAAGCUAGUCCUUGCUUUUCCGCUUGUACAAAAGAGGUUAAACAUAUUUUAAAAUACGUACAGCUAAAAUUUCAAAAUUCACGCAAAAUAGAUUUCCUACAUUUAGUUUAGUUUAGUUUUUUUUUUUUGUGAUAUUCUUGAUGUUUUAAGUGCCUUUUUUUCUCGAUAAUAUAAGGAACGCGGCUACUAGGAAAUAUCACUUUAAGUUUUGCGUGCCGAGAGGACGAAAUUGCGACCACAGACCUAAGAAAUGCUGCAACGGCGGUUCUUGUCGUUGCAAUUUGUGGGGUGUGAAUUGCAAAUGUCAAAGAAGGGGAUUCUUUCAGAAAUGGGGAAAAUAA